CGGCCUUAAAGGCCUCAGUAUCAUUGAAGUUGAAGCAGAAGACACCGAAGUAAUGAAACAUGGCUUCUACAACACAGUCAGCUGUAGAGUACAUCAGGAGGGCCAGACGCCAUCUUGUGAACACAUUAAAGAAUCUGUCAGUGAUUCUAGAGAACUUGAAUCAGCAAGGAGUGUUAGGCGAUGAAGAAGUCAGCAGAAUACAAGCAGAAGGGAAUGACUAUGAUAAAAACAGAACACUUCUAGACUCUGUAACCAAAAAGGGGGAAGCAGCCAGCUAUGAAUUCCUCAAAAUUAUUGACAUAACAAGGAAGAGGACCCAUGGGAGGACAUCUCUUCUCCCUGAGAAACAGACUGUAGCUUCUGCUGAGAGCAGGACGUUUGACCUGCACCACUGGAUCAGCUGCUUCCCUUUCAAGGAAGACACAGAAAUGGGAAAAAACUACCUACAAGCCCCAACACCGUGCCACCGUUACCAGGCAAAGUUGAAGUCAAAAGCACAAAAAAUAUCAAAGGACUUUUGGACGGCAAACAAAGAUCUGUUUGAAGAAAACAGCAAGCCUGAUCUGUCGUACAUGUCACUUGUAUUGGACACACAAGGAAGUGAUUCUCCCUCUAAAAUAAAGAAAUGUAAGAACAAGAAAAGCAAGAUGAGCCGUUCUAAAAAGCUAGGGACCUACAUCCCUAAGGACAAAGCAGACAUUUCUCCCAGUGACCUGCUUAAAACAGAUAAAAACAUACUCUUGGUUGGUAAGUCUGGGAUUGGAAAGACAGCACUCACUCAUGAAAUAUUAAAACUCUGGACAGAAAAAGAUGACAAGGAGCUAAACUACAUGUUUUACUUUGACAUGAGAAAAAUAUCCAACGUCAAGAGCCUGGAGGACCUUCUCUUCAAUGAGUUCAGUGAGCCAGAUGAAGGCAAAGACGAGGUCUUACAGGACAUAAAGAAUAACUCUGACAAUGUUACACUCAUUUUUGAUGGAAUCACAGAUCUGUCUUCACCAGUAGUGCAGAAACUUGUAAAUAAAGAUUGGCUACAGGACUCCAAGGUCGUUUUGACUUGCAGACCAGCUGAUGAAGACCACCUUCUGUCUGAGGACUUUCUCAGAGUGGAAGUGAAAGGCUUUAGUGAGCAGACCAUAAAAACAUACAUAUCUAGGAUGCUACGUGAAAGAAAGGAGAGGGUGUUGAGCAACGUGGAGUUGUUAACGCUUUGCCAUGUACCGAUGUAUGCACUGAUGGUGGCCGCAUGCUUUUCAUUUGAGACAUCAGAGGACUUUCAAAAGCCUUGCUGUAUAACUGAUAUCUACAUCAACAUUUUCCGUUUUUGCCUUGAAAGAAACAGCAGCACCAAAUACAUUCAUCUAGAUGCCUUCAUCGAAAGCAAGAGUAAGGAGAUACUGUCUCUGGCUGAGGUUGCUUUUUGUGCAACUGAAGGAAAAACUGUGAACUUGACACUACGUCCCUCUGGAGACAGCUGUGUCCUCUCCUUGCUCAAAUCACUUGCUAUCAAAGUCGCCCCUACUGAGAGAAUAACCACCUAUGCAUUUCUCCAUUACACAAUGCAGGAGUUUUUCGCAGCACUGUGGCUCUUGAAGAAUCCAGAUUUAAUCAGUAAUGUUUUUCAGCAGUGCCUCACUGAGGAGAAGAAACACAUGAAACAUCUGAUCCCUUACAUGUGUAGAUUGUUGACUGAGAAGAGCCCUAGUUUGAUGGAGUAUCUGAUUCCUGCUGAGGAGCUCAAGAAUACAUCAAACUGGUUCUUCAAGGAAGUGAUAUCCACAUUCCUUCCUAGUCUGUGUGGAAACGAUGAGCCUGAUACUGAGGACAGUGGGCGCAUACUGUUCAUAUGCCAGUGCUUGUAUGAGUCCCAGUGUCCUGAAGCAUGCAUCGACCUUCUGGAAAAACUGGACUUCCACCUUGACCUCAGUGAAGAGAGUCUCGAUCCUUACCCCUGCUGUGCUGUGGCCUAUGUGAUCACUCAGUCUAAGGAGAGGAAAAUAUGGCUGAACCUUGAGGACGUCACGAUAUCACAACAAGGAAUGAGACCACUAUUAGGAUGCCUUCAAAAUGUCCAAUGGUGUGAUUCUCUGCCAAGGCAGCUGUGGGAGAUCUUCCUUCUCAGCGAAGGGGAGAUGGACUACAUCACCUUACUUGGCCUUGAUGGAAAUCAGUUGCACCUUCCAGUGGAGGGGGAAAGAAAGCUGUUUGAAAGAGCAGUGACAGUCCUGCAGAAGAUAAGUAAGAAGGUUAAAAUCUGCCUCCACUGGGAGAGGGAGAAGCCUGACUGCCACAGUCUGUGUGAGACUCUGCUCGAGGCUCUGCCAUACGUCAGCUCAUUCAGCUUCAGGAGGACCAACAGAGGUCCAGGAUUACAGGACCAGGAGCGAUGCUAUGAGACACUGAAGAGAGAAGAAAAGCAGCUGUUUCUGGAUUUAUGCCUGAGAGCAGCUAAUCACAUUCAAGGAGAAAGCUCUCAAAAUGAAGUUAACAACCUCAUCUCUCUGUUUUCUUUUAACACUGAGAUGUAUAACAUCCUUCUGGAUUUGUAUCAACAUCUAAAAACUCAAGAGAGUUCAGCUGUCAUUCAAAAACUGAAGCCAUUUUUCCAGUCAUCUCCUGCAGUCUGGACCAUAGACCUCUCAAAGAGAAAGAGCUCCAUCCUGCUGGAAGUGCUGAGACUCCAACCAGAGAAGAAACAAGUGGAGCUGAGAGGCUGCUCAGAUGAAGAGAGUGAAGUGAGGACUUUGCUGCAGUGUCUGCCUUAUAUCUCACAGAUCAGUUUUGUGACUCAGUUAUCAGAUCCUUCAGGUGAACUCCAGUUCUUUGGGACUCUGUUCUGUGCAGCAGCAAAGAGAGAGCAGCCGACAGGAGAGAAGACACUGCAGCUGUUGUUAUCAGUGUGCACCUAUCAAACAAUAACUUUAACCGACAUAGUUUCUUAUUAUUUUAAGAGGAACCCUCAGUGUGAUUACCUGCUGGAUCUGUACUCCCACCUGAAGGACUAUGAGACUGAAUCAGGUCUGAGUGUCCUUCCAUCAUUACAGUUAGUUCUCCAGUCAGCUCCUGAAGUCUGGACCAUAGACCUCUCACAGAGAAACAGCUCCAUCCUGCUGGAAGUGCUGAGACUCCAACCAGAGAAGAAACAAGUGGAGCUGAGAGGCUGCUCAGAUGAAGAGAGUGAAGUGAGGACUUUGCUGCAGUGUCUGCCUUAUAUCUCACAGCUCAGUUUCUGGAUUGGAGACUCAGGUGAACUCCAGUUCUUUGGGACUCUGUUCUGUGCAGCAGCAGAGAGAGAACAGCAGACAGGAGAGAAGACACUGGAGCUGUUAUCAUCAGUGUGCACAUAUCCAUCAUUCCCUUUUACUGACAUAUAUGAUGAUAAUGAAGAAGAAGAUCAGGGUGGUUUCCUGCUGGAUCUGUACUCCCACCUGAAGGACUAUGAGACUGAAACAGGCCUGAGUGUCCUUCCAUCAUUACAGUCAGUUCUCCAGUUAGCUCCUGCAGUCUGGACCAUAGACCUCUCAGAGAGAGAGACCUCCAUCCUGCUGGAAGUGCUGAGACUCCAACCAGAGAAGAAACAAGUGAAGCUGAGAGGCUGCUCAGAUGAAGAGAGUGAACUGAGGACUUUGCUGCAGUGUCUGCCUUAUAUCUCACAGAUCAGUUUUGUGCCUCAGUUAUCAGAUCCUUCAGGUGAACUCCAGUUCUUUGGGACUCUGUUCUGUGCAGCAGCAAAGAGAGAGCAGCCGACAGGAGAGAAGACACUGCAGCUGUUGUUAUCAGUGUGCACAUAUCAAACAAUAACUUUAACCGACAUAGUUUCUCAUUAUUUUAAGAGGAACCCUGAGUGUGGUUUCCUGCUGGAUCUGUACUCCCACCUGAAGGACUAUGAGACUGAAUCAGGUCUGAGUGUCCUUCCAUCAUUACAGUCUGUUCUCCAGUCAUCUCCUGCAGUCUGGACCAUAGACCUCUCAGAGAGAAAGAGCUCCAUCCUGCUGGAAGUGCUGAGACUCCAACCAGAGAAGAAACACGUGGAGCUGAGAGGCUGCUCAGAGGAAGAGAGUGAAGUGAGGACUUUGCUGCAGUGUCUGCCUUAUAUCUCACAGAUCAGUUCCAGUUUCUGGAUUGGAGACUCAGGUGGAGUCCAGUUCUUUGGGACUCUGUUCUGUGCAGCAGCAGAGAGAGAGCAGCAGACAGGAGAGAAGACACUGGAGCUGUUAUCAUCAGUGUGCACAUAUCCAACAUUCCCUUUUACUGACAUAUUUGAUGAUGAUGAAGAAGAUCAGGGUGGUUUCCUGCUGGAUCUGUACUCCCACCUGAAGGACUAUGAGACUAAAACAGGCCUGAGUGUCCUUCCAUCAUUACAGUCUGUUCUCCAGUCAGUUCCUGCAGUCUGGACCAUAGACCUCUCAGAGAGAGAGACCUCCAUCCUGCUGGAAGUGCUGAGACUCCAACCAGAGAAGAAACAAGUGGAGCUGAGAGGCUGCUCAGAUGAAGAGAGUGAAGUGAGGACUUUGCUGCAGUGUCUGCCUUAUAUCUCACAGAUCAGUUCCAGUUUCUGGAUUGGAUUCUCAGGUGGAGUCAAGUUCUUUGGGACUCUGUUCUGUGCAGCAGCAGAGAGAGAGCAGCAGACGGGAGAGAAGACACUGGAGCUGUUAUCAUCAUCUGUUCUCCAGUCAGCUCCUGCAGUCUGGACCAUAGACCUCUCAGAGAGAAAGACCUCCAUCCUGCUGGAAGUGCUGAGACUCCAACCAGAGAAGAAACAAGUGGAGCUGAGAGGCUGCUCAGAGGAAGAGAGUGAAGUGAGGACUUUGCUGCAGUGUCUGCCUUAUAUCUCACAGAUCAGCUGUGGUGCAGAGUUCUUCCAGAGAGUGUGUACGUUCAUCUCUGUCAGAUCCAGAGAGGAGGCUGAGAGGUUGGCCUCUCUGCUGCAGCUCUCAGGGUUCACCCUGCUGCUAUCAGGAGAGUUACCCAGGAAAACCUGCCUGUCUGUGGGGAGAGUUCUCCAGCUGUGUGGCUCUAAUGUGGAGCUCAUCCUCAAACCCAGAAAGAUGUCUGUCAAGGGAGCCUUUGCUCUCUUUAGACGAACAACACAAGUACACAGUCUCAAGCUUUCUAACGACAUGGCCUUGCUGCUGUGUGGCUGGGUGAGGAGAUGGGGAGUGGGCUGUCAGGUGACUGUUGAAGAGCUUUCUCUCUCCCCUCAGACCGCCCAACCAUCACACAGAGUGUUGUUGAAGGUUGUCAGUAGCUUGGCUUCCCUGCUGAGAUACUGGGCAGUGAGACAGUUAGACCUGACUGAGGUCUGUGUUCCUGCUCUGGGUCUCACACCACUGCUGCUCCAUGAUGGCCCUCUCAAAAUCAAACUGAGUGAGAAGAAUGUCCAGCAGCUACUCUCCCUGCUCCAUGAGCUCCAGGACCAGGACUUGACCUUGUCCUUCUUGAGUACGUUUGGAGGAGACCUGACCUCCUUCUCUCUGAACUGGGAGCUUCUCCACCUUCUACUGCAGCAUCCAUCAGCUCAGACCCUCACUGUGAACAUGAGGAAGAACUUUUUCUUACAGGAGAACAUCACACGUCUGCUUCCCUACCUGGACAGGAUUGUGUUUAAAAGGCCCUGUCCCAGCUUUGUGUUGACUGCUAUCAGGGAGAUUUACAAAGCUCGAGCCAGUUCCAUUAUACCCAGUUUACUGAGGUCCUUGGAUCAUGUGAUCAACCUGACCUGCAGAGAGAUGUCCCCAAUGGACUGUGUGGCUCUGCUCUACACCCUCGCACACAGUGAUGGAGUCAAACUGAACCUCCUGUGGACCUCCAUACCAGCAUGGGAAACACAGUUCAUCCUCUGGAACCUGGACAAAGUUUCUCAACUCAGUGUUGACAGGAACCUGCUGCUGAGGUUCGUUCACGGCUGCGCUGCCUCUGGUGCCCAGCAGGGGGCCGCAGAGUCUCUGCUCAGGACUGUGCAGUACAGGCUGGAUCUGUCCUGCUCCUCCUGUGUGGAGCUGCCAGAGGAAGAUCAGAGUGACACUCUCCGUCUGACGGCUGAAGACUGCAGGGCCGUCUCCACCAUACUGAGACGCAGCAGACGGGGAACACAGCUCAUCCUGCAGGACUGUGAGGUUAAGGACAGCGGAUUAGACCUGCUGUUUCCUGUCUUACACAAAGUACAACUCAGUGCCAGUAAAGCUGUCCUCCUCCAGCUGGUGUCCCUGGUUCCUGUGAACAGUGAGAGGGACACAGUGGGACGGGCCCUAACCCUCUGCAAAGCCCUGGAGGGAGAGCUGGACCUCAGUCACAGCUCACUGGAUCAGAGGGCCUGUGCAGCCUUGGCCCUGAUGCUGGACUUCUCUGAAGAGCUGACAGAGCUGGACCUCAGUCACUGUCAGCUCACUGACCAGCUGCUGCUCACACUCAGCGCGCAGCUGCACAAAGUACAAGUCCUCGAUCUGAGCCACAACAACAUCACUGAUGCUUCGACUGACCUCUUACUCCAACUGGUCUCCAUCAACCCCUCCAUUCACUCUGUGCGACUGUUCGGGAACAAAAUUGUGUACAGGACAUUCCUUGAGAUAGACAAGAAGUUUGAAAUAUGGUGAACCUCCGUCAGUGGGGGUGGAAUCUGCCAAUCAGGGAAUAACUGAUCUACCUCUAACGAUCAUUACAUACUGACUCUGUGUAUGAUGGGAUCCGUUUACAUAGAGGCCAUGACUUUUUGUUCUGGAGGUACUAUAGAUUAUUCAUUUAUGGUACGCAUAUUUAUUAUUCUCCUAAUUGAACAUGGUUACAUUAUUUGUGUGUGGUGUGUCAUGUCAAAUUAUGGAUUUGCAAAUGGUUAACCUGUUAAGCCCUGAGCCUGUUUUUCAGGUCUCAGGCUCGAAAAUGACAUUCCCAGAACAAAUGACCAUAUCUUCCCUUCUAAAAGGGUUAAAUUAA